UCUCUUUAUCUCUCCCUCUCUGCUGUUUUCGUUAGUUAGUCUGAUCAAAGACGAGGGAAGUUCACAUUUCGCCUACAGAUCGCCAUGGGAGCACAGGGCUCAUCGCAGCGGGACGGGAAGAUCCAGGAGGAUGCGGCAGCUUCAGCUUCAGCCUCCGGCGGGGAGCUGAGCGCAGAGGUGAAGCUGAUCCAGGAGGGAAAGCCUCUGGAGAAAAAUGGGCAAAUCUCCAGUUUGACCAGUCUGAAUGGACACUCAGAGGACAACACACUAGCUGAAGUUGGCCAGCCAGAUGGUGUGUCCCUGGCUCAGAAGGAAGAGGCUCCAGAAAGUACAGAAACCGCACCAGUCGAAGGGGCUCCUCACAUAAACUGCGAAAAGAUGGAUAAAGAGUCACCCACUGAGAAUGAUAUUUCCGCCAUUGAAGAGAAGGAAGCCCAGGAAAAGACAGAUGAUGCUGAGGAGGUCGGCUUUAAGAAGAUUUUCACCAUUGUGGGUUUGAAAUUCACAGUCAAGAAGGACAAAAGUGACGAGACAGACCCUGUGACGCUGCUGACGGUUAAAGAUAAAGAGGGAGAAGAGGUCAGCUCUACCGAAGAGCCUACACAAGAUGGGAAGGCAGCAGAAGAGAAAACUCCAGCUGAAGAAAACCAGACCGAAGCAUCUUCCGCCGAGGGAGAUAAAACUAAAGAGGAAUCCGCUGAUGGUCAGUCUGAAGGCGAUGCUACAGAUGCUGUUAACGAAGAAGUCAAGGUGGAACAAGCUGAGAAAGAAGCAGAGACCACACCUCCACCCAAGGAGACUGGUAUGUCCCCUUUCAGAAAGCUUUUCUUCGUGGGACUCUUCUCAAACCUGAGGAAGAAAUCCAGUAUCAAGAAGACGAAAGAAGAGGAAGAAAAGGAGGCUGCUGAAAAAAAUGAAUCAGCUAAAACCGAAGAAUCCACUGCGGAGGAUAAGGAGGUGAAAGAUGUGUCAGAGGAGGCCGCAAAGGAGGAGAAUGUUGUGUCUGAGGAGGAAACCAAAGAGGAGAAUGUUGUAACAGAGCAGGAAACUAAAGAGGAGAAACCAGAGAUUCAAGUGGAGGAAAAAUCUGAGCCUGAGUCCCGAGAAGAAGCAACAAGCACACAAGAGGAGGCAAAAUCAGAUGCUACUGCAGAGGUUAAAUCUCCUACUGACACAACUACUGAUGUGAGCAAAGAAGAAGACCAACAGGCUGAAUCAAGUGUUGAAGAGAAGGUUUCAGCGGAGGCAAGUACUGAGACUGAGCUACAGUCAUCUCAGGAGAAGUCAAAGCCCCAUGGCAGCCCCCUAAAGAAGCUUUUUACUGGAGCUGGCUUGAAGAAACUCUCAACUAAGAGGCAAAAGAGCAAGAAAGAGUCUGAGUCAAAACUCACUGAUUCUGGGGAGCAGCCUGUGGAUCAUCCUCCAUCAUCUGCCGAGUCUGAGGAGGCUGCUAAAGUUGACAGCGGUCCCUCAUCUCCCGAGGCAUCAGGAGAGCAUGCUGUUGCUGGAGAGACAAAUCAGCUUGAGUCUAGUCAAGAAGCUGAAGGGGAGUUGUCUUCUGAUGGUGAGAAGAAAAAGGAUAGUGUUAUCUCCUCCUUUAGAAAACUAGUAACACCCAAAAAGUAUGCUAAAAGGUCUUCUGAUAGUGAAGAUGAAGGCACAAAUGACAAAAUAACUAAGUCUGCCACAUUGUCCUCAUCUGAGAGUGCCCCACUGGCAGAAAAGAGCAUCGACGAGGAAAAGAAGAAGGAAGACAAGACCUCUGAGGAAGAGCCAAAAACGGAAAACACAGAGAAAUUGACGAGUAGCACUGAGGAGACAAAAAAGAAAAUGGACACCUCUCACUCCUGGGAAGCACUGAUGUGUAUGGGUGGACCCAAAAAAAGAACGAGAAAGACUUCUGACUCAGAUGAUGAGGAAACCAAAGCUGAAGAGGAGACCAUAGGAGCAGAAACAGCAGAAGAAGAAGGAAAAGAAGAGGAGAAAAAAGAGGAAGACGCUCCUACUGCCCAGAAUCCUGAAAAUGAAGAAGUAGCUCCUGCACCUGAGCCAGUCAGUGCCCCUCCUGUGAGAGAGUCCCCUUGGGGCACCCUGAAACGCUUGGUUAUGUCAAAAAACAAGCCCAAGAGUGAGGAGAAACCAGAUGGGGCUGCUGACCAAGAGACUGAAACACCAAAAGAAGAGUCCUCUUUCUCCUUAAGAAAGUUCUUUGCUGGACGCAAGAAGAAGGUAAUAGAAAAAGAGGUGUCUGCAGAGCAGGGCUCAGGUGAAGAGGACUCUGAAACCCCAGCUGUUGUUCCUCUUUCGGAGUUUGACGAACAAGUUGAAACAACACAGGAGACACAGGAAGAGGCAGCUACAGCCCAGAGUAAAGUGUCAGCUGAGGACCGAUCGCCAUCAUGGAUUCCAGCUAGCAUCGAAGAUGCAGAGGGUCAUCAUGAUCAGCUAAGUGAUAUUCCAGAGGAGGCCGAAAAUGCAGCUACACCCAAAUCUGUUGAUACUGACAUUACAGAGGAUGAAAUCGAAGACCAGGUUAUUCCUCCUAAAGGUCAGACAGGACGCAGACUGUCCACUGCUGAGGUGAAGCCCAUUACUCCUGCUCCAGCUGCAGCAACCUCUCCUGUUCCCCAGGGACCCAGGCAUCAGAGUGCAGAAGAGGUCAUCAGUGCUAUUGAGGUUCAAAUCACUGAAAUCCCUUCCCUGACAUCUGUGACUCUAGAAGAUGUUCCACUGGAAAACGCUUCUGCAGAAAUUGAGUGUCAUCCAGAAACAGAAAGCGUCAAGCCCAUUGUCAACACUAUCCUGGAGCCUCAUGCACAAGGUGAGGCAGUGGCUCUCUGCACCGGUCUAGUAACCAAGGAAAUUGCUGAGGUUGCUGUUGAGCAGACUGUGGGGGCCACUGUAGAAGCCUUGGGCCUUUUUGUUGAUCCUGCUAACAUUGAGAUAGCCGUGGAGGAGAAGCCAUUAGAACCACAAGAAGCUGUUGUGUCAGAGGAUCCACUGAUCCAGGCUCAUGUUAACAAAGUACAAACUCUGGACCUUGAGCCCGUUGCUGACAAAUUAUGUGAGGUUGCAGAAAUAGAAGUUGCCAAUCGGAGCUAUGAACCUGAGAUUGAGAAAGUUGGAGCUGUCAGCACUGAGAACUCAGAGGUCAUUCAGCCCGCAACGCAAACUAAGAACUCCCCUAAAACUGUUGCCGUCAAUGCCAUAGAGCCAGUUCCUGAAAUCGCUGUGUGCAUCCAGAGUGUAGAAGUCUCUGAGGUCACUAUAGAGUCCAAGGAGGGUGCAGUGGACGUAGAACAGGUGAUUGCCACUGUGGCUGAGGAGAACACCACCAUAGAGGGGGCUGAAAUAGCUGUCCCUAACGCUGUGUCAAAUGAUGACAGAGCUGUUAUCACUGAGACAGUGGUUCUUGUCUCCGGAAAUGAGAGUAAAAAAGAUGUUAAACAAGAGAUUGAGACCCAGAGUGCGGUCAUUGCAGAGGCUGUCAUCAAAGAGGCGGUAGAUAAAGUUUUAGAAGAUACGCCUCAGCCCAAAACACCAACAGCCUCCAUCCCAACACCAGUCCAGGCAACAGCCACAACAGAGAGUGAGAUUGACGUCUCAGCUGACCAAGUUGUCAUCACCGACACCCCUGUUCCUGAGAUCUGUGAGAGGCCACUGCAAAAACCAACCCAGCCCUUAUGUGUUGCCAUGGAGAUCAUUGAGUCCGUCCCAAUAGAGGUGACAAAAACCAUUGAAGAGGACUACAACGAGGAAGAGAAACCCAAAAACGAUUUAAAGAGUGCUGUGGAGGUACAAGUAAGUGAAGAUGUUGUCAUUGAGGAAGAAGUAACAGAAAUCAAAGAGGAAGAUACUGAGGAGAAAAAAAGCAAAAAUGAUCAGGAUGGAGAGGUGAAUGGACCCUCUGAGGUGGAAAACAAGAAGGAGGUUAAGAUCCUCAUGCCAACACAGGUGGUCCUGCAGUCGGCUCAAGAGGUAGAAGAGCAGCCCAUGAAUGUAGAAACGGUGGUAAUGCUUGACGGUGACAGUUCAAACACCAGCGCAACAGCUGAGAAUCCAUCAAGACAAAACAAACUCCCACAACUGACGGAAGAACCCCAGGAGUUCAAUGAAGCUGCUGCUGCCAGUCAACCAGCGGACACAGACGAAAGCCAACUGGAGCAAAAAGCAUCAGGAAAGUGUGCAGAGGUGAUGGCGCAAGUGAUCGAGGUGAUUGAGGAAGCUGUGAAGGAGAUCGAGCCGGUGUCCACAGAGAUCACAGCUGCAUCAUGAGCAGCUGAGAAUGCAGCACCGUUACCUGGGAGACACACCAGUCAGUACCAGGAAGUGUGAGAGAAAGAUAAAAUGACGAAGGAUGUUCUGUGGUGACACACACUGACCUGAACGCCGUCCAUUCUGCCCAGAGAGACUGAGAAACAGCUCCUCCACUUUUUCCUGCCACCUGUCCUCCGACUCGCCCCCAGCAGCCCUGUCACAGCGCCGUGACAGCCCACCUUAGUGCAUGUCCCCAUCCCCCAGAAGCAUCCUGUUUGGCUUGUUAUCACACCUGUGUUCCUUCAAUGACUUUCCAUUGCCCUUGCCUGGUAGAGUGGAAGUGUGUGCAUUUUUGUACGCAGGAGUGUGUGAAUCUUUAUGUGUAUAGUGGCAAGACUGAGGUAGUGUGAGAAGUUGAAAAGAUGGGUAAUUACUAUCAUGUAUAUUGUAUUUAUAUCUUGAUUAUUCAUUCAGUCACACCAUACAUCUUUUUAUUUUACUUAUUUUGUUUUGUUUAUUAUAAGGAGACCACAAUCUGCUGUCAUGCAGCAGGUUUUACGUUUUAAACUGGACUCAGACACAUUUUCUUAUAAAUUGCGUUUGGACUCAUUAAGAUUAUAUACGUUCAAAAAGGUUUCAUAUAAAGACAAUUAUUUUAGGGAUUUUUAGGUAACUCGGUCAUGGUACAUGUGUAAUUCCACAGGUGGAGCAGAGAUUGCAAUAAUAACUGGCAGAAAUGCAUCACACUCUUGAAUUGCUGACAAUGUGUGCUUCACUCUGCAUCCCGACUUAAUAUUUCAUGAGAUUCAUGUAGAUAAGAAAAAUUCACUGCCUGAUAUACUGUGAAAAGACAUUGUCACACAUUGAUAUAUGUAAAAAUAAAAUACUAUGACAACACUUUAAGCUACUUAUGUUGCAGAAGUAUUUGCUGUGUUACAAAAAAUAUACAAGCCAGUAUUUAACACUGGGUAGACCAUUUAAAAAAAAAAAACACCAAACAUGUUUAUGGUCUCUAAUCUUCACUCAUUGACAGUUUUUUUCCACUUUCUCUUCAUCUCUGCUUUCGCUAAUAAGAGAACCACACAAAUAUACAUCCUUUAAUUCUAAGUUUGCUAGCCUCAGGUU